AAAAAAACACUUAAUUUAGGAGUUUCAUAUAUAAGUAGCACAAGAGCCUAGUCACAAGUGACAUAACAGUCUCUCCCACUUUAAAAAUAGGGAGAGAGUAUAGUGUGUGAAAGAACAAGAGUAUUUUUCCUACCUAAAUUAUUUCUCAAAUUAUUGUAGGGCAAUAAUAAAUUGCCCGCUUAAUUUUGUAAAUUCAGAUUUUGGUAUAUUUUGUGGUUUUUCCAAAAUGAGAGGUAGAAAAGAUGAGGAAUUCCAGCAAGGUGGUGUUGAUUCAUUGGCUACUAAUUACAAGUUUGCAGAUGAUGAGGAAUUUGAUGAUGAUGGCAAGCCUAAAAGAACUGGGACUGUAUGGACUGCAAGUGCACACAUUAUAACAGCAAUUAUCGGCUCUGGAGUUCUUUCACUAGCAUGGGGCACGGCGCAACUUGGAUGGAUUGGGGGGAUUGCAACCCUUGUAAUAUUUUCCAUCAUCACGGGUUAUACUUCCAAUCUUCUUGCUGAUUGUUACAGAUCUCCUGAUCCUGUCACUGGUAAGAGAAAUCAUACUUACAUGGAGGAGGUUCGCGCUAAUCUAGGUAGAUUGAACUGCAUUGCUUGUGGGACAGUGCAGUAUGCUAAUUUAACUGGAAUGGUAAUUGGUUACACAAUUACUGCAUCCAUUAGCAUGGUGGCGGUCCAUAAGUCGAAUUGCUUCCAUGAAAAAGGACAUGCUGUAUCCUGCAUGUUUAGCAGCAACCCUUACAUGAUUGGUUUGGGGUUGUUUGAAGUAUUCUUGUCUCAAAUACCGAAUUUUCAUCAACUAACAUGGUUGUCAAGUGUUGCUGCUGUUAUGUCUUUUGGAUAUUCCUUAAUUGGUAUUGGACUUGCAAUUGCAAAGAUUGCCUCAGGGGAUGGAGGGAGGACAACAUUAACAGGAAUUGAAGUGGGAGUUGAUGUAACAUCUGCUGACAAGACAUGGAGGAUGUUCCGAGCACUUGGUGACAUCGCGUUUGCUUACAGCUUUUCUCAAGUCCUUGUCGAAAUACAGGAUACACUGAAAUCAGAUCCACCCGAAAAUAAGGUGAUGAAGAAAGCAAGCACAAUCUCUGUGUUCACUACAACAUCAUUCUACAUGAUGUGUGGCUGCUUAGGCUAUGCUGCAUUUGGAAAUAGUGCACCAGGAAACAUGUUAACUGGGUUCGGGUUCUACGAGCCUUUCUGGUUGGUAGACAUAGCCAACAUCUUCAUUGUCAUUCACUUAGUUGGAGCAUAUCAGGUAUUUGCUCAGCCUGUGUACCAUAAGCUCGAGUCAUGGGCCAGCGAGAAUUGGCCCAACUCAACAUUUGUAAACAAAGAAUAUCCCAUCAAAAUAGGCAGCAAAGUUGUGUUCACUUACAACAUGCUCAGGCUAAUUUGGAGAACAAUAUUUGUGAUCUUAGUAACAACAUUGGCAAUGGCAAUGCCCUUCUUCAAUGACAUUCUUGCGUUUCUUGGAUCACUCGGGUUUUGGCCAUUGACCGUGUAUUUCCCAGUAAGAAUGUACAUUGCUAAAAACAAGAUCAAAAGGCGGUCCAUGAAGUGGUGUAUGCUACAACUUCUUAACCUGUUAUGCUUCCUUGUGUCGUUGGCUGCGGCUGUUGGCUCAAUCCAGGGAGUUAGCCAAUCUCUUGGUUCCUCCAAGCCUUUCCAGUUUAAAGUAUGAUUUUAUUUAGGAUGGCCUUUUAGAAACAAUGGUUUGCAAGUGUACAUUAUAUGUUGUCCGAAAAUUAAGAUGUUUGAUGUUUAUGAGGCUAGGAAGAACACCUUUUCUUUGGAGAAAUGCAACAAUUUUUAUGAAGAGUAUUGCUAAUUGCAUUGGCAAUUGCCUUCAACUAAGUACACUUAUCUAAAAUGUAUGAAGAAAUACAGAUAACUAUAAAGUGUCUUUAAAUUACUAA